CGUCCCAUGUCAGUUUUGAUUAGAUAUGUUUUUAUGUUUUUCUAAAAAUUUGUUGUACACAUAUUUUAAAUUUUUCGUCAUUUUGGUAGCUUUUUGUUUGCCCUUCACUGAAGAUGCCCGAAAGCGAUGUCGACGACGCACUUGUCACGAUAGGCUUCGGAUGUGGUCAGGUGAUCAUUCUCGCCGUGAGCUUCGUCACCACAAUGUACUCGGUGACGGAGUCGAUGGGCAUCGGCUAUGUAAUAGUGCGAACAUCCUGCGAGUGGGAAACGGACAGGGUAAUGAAGACGAUGAUGGCGAGCACCCUCCUCGCAGGAAUGGUGGCCUCCGGAUACUUUCUCGGCUUUCUGGCGGAUAGGUUCGGCAGGAGGACUAUUAUAAUAAUGUCGCUAAUGGGAGCACUCACUUUCUCCUUAAUCACAUCCUUGAUGCCGAACCCGUAUGCCUUCAUUGUCACCCGGCUUAUUGUGGGCCUCUUCCUCUCCGGUUCGGCAUCGCUCGCCGUCGGCUUCCUCAUCGAGUUCUAUGCCCCGCCGUGGCGGGCCAAAGCCUCAAUGUUGGUUAGCUUCGGCGUGGGCUUCGCCCUCAUAUUCUGUCCACUCGUUGCCAUGGCUCUGCUCCCGCACGAUGUCACCCUCCAAAUUGCCGAAGAUGUUGUGCUGCACGACUGGCGCUUUCUUUUGAUGAUCUUUUCAUUGCCUGGAUGGAUUGCCUUGGUUUCAAUCUCCUUGGUGCCGGAGACUCCCUACUUCCUGUUGUCCGUGGGUCGCGUGGAUGCCGCUAAGGAUGCCCUGAAGUGGGUGGCCAAGAUGAACGGUAAAGGUAAAGUAUGGGACGAAAUGAAAAUCAACUUGACGCCAGAAACCCGAAACACCCUCAUGGAGGGAAUGUCCGCCUGUAAAGAGCUGCUCUACGAGGCGGUCCGGCUUUUUAGACCGCCGUACGCGGCGAGAUUCAUUGGGUGUCUGCUCAUUCUGUUUGGAAUAUUCUUCAGCUCUGUUGGCAUGGGAGUGUGGUAUCCGAUCAUACGGAAUGCUGAUGAGAAUCAAUAUGUGCGGAUGUGCGACAACCCGGCUAUUACCGGAAUAGGUUUAAACAAGACGUAUCACGGCCAUGAGACGAAAUUGGACUGCCACGACAAGUUUACGAACUUUCACGACCCCAUCUUCUACGGGUGCUGUUACGUCAUUUUCUAUGGGGUCGCUACGGUGCUAGUCCUCCUCAUACCCCGAAAGUACGUCCUGGCGCUGCACAUCGGUAGCGGAGCCGUACUCGGCUUCUGCCUGAACUUUGUGGCUACUCCGCUGUCGGUCUUGGUGUGCUUCACGGGCUUAAUAACAGUGCCCGGAGUCCUGAUAUCCCUGGCAUCCUCAGUUAUGGUCGAUCUCCUGCCCAUCCACAUGCGCGGCAAGGCCCUCUGCAUGGGCAGGUCUCUGGCCAGAUUGGGAUCUGUGAUAGGCACCAAUUUGGUGGGAUUGGCGAUGAAGGUUUCCUGUGAUGUUACCAUCAAUAUCUUUGUUGUCUACCUGACGAUCUGUACGGUUGUGUGCCUCCUUCUGCCCAAAGGUACCUGAGAAUUUGAAUCCUGAAGUAUCCUGGAAAUCCAACCGUGUAACUCCAAUUUCAUGGCCAAGAUCACGAUUGCAAAUUUUUACUGGCUUAGCAUGCUUGUUUUAAAAUUUCUUUCCCGCACAACGUCAUUUUUGUAUAAAUAAAUCGAGUUUAAAAUC